GACAUGUCCACCAUUGCCCGUGAGGUCAGCUUGUGCGCUGCGCGCGGCGAACGCUUGGAUGUGCGCCCGCAGCGUGGCUUGGCCCGUAAGGCCAGAGGCUACGGAGGAUGCUCUGUCAACAGUUUUCAUCCUGUUUUUUGCCUGAGCUCAUGCAAGUUCUUCUUCGUGCAGGGCCUCUUCAAGGGACGGCCGACCUUUUUGCAUGUUUGCAAUGCUUUUAUUUCUGGCGACAUCAUGCUCGGACACGGGCGACGACGUACACCUCCUCCUCCUCCGACAAUGGGAUCAUCUGCGACUAGGCUACCGCCGAGGAUGCGGAGUGACGGCGCCGUCUUCUGUGCCAGAUGCGCACUCGAGUCUUGGAGAUUCAGCAACCCGGAUGCUGCAGGCGCUCCAGAUGCUUUAUUUCUACUUCUCGUAGAUCUGAAGAAAGACUUUGACGCCGUGCCCAGGGAAGAGAUGUUUUCUCUGCUGAGCCGAUGCCUUCACCUUCCCUCACUCGUCAUUGGCAUGCUUCGAAGCCUUCACGAGGGCAUGACCGCUUCUCACUGCCACUCGGGCCGUGUUGGACCGCCGAUCAACAUGAGCACCGGCGUACGGCAAGGAUCCGUUGAGGGGCCCACGUUGUACUUGUUAUAUUACUCUCGGAUUUUCGAGCCCGAUGUGCAACUCGUUUCCCUGUCCGCAGAGCGAAGCACACAACAGUACAACUCCAUGGAGCCACCUGCGCUGAUGACAGCCUGCUCUUUGACACAGACUGGAACAGGUUCUCUCAGCUGGCGAGUCUCCUCGAUGAUUGCCUUGGAAGCUUCCAACAAGGUGAAGACGGAGUGGGAGGAGAUCCCGCAUCCACACGCUGCCAUGUUUGGCGUCCCUGCUGGUCGCUCCUUCUCUAGCGGAGGCCACCACAGCUUUGUAUCACGUGCCAAGGCGCUUUUGCAACAGCUGCCUGGUGUCGACGAGCGCACAUGGCCCGUCACUGCACAGGAUCGGCAGCGCUGGUCUCGCCUGGUUGAGCAGCUUGAGGUUGCUCCACAAGUUCGCGGUGUGAACGACGACGACAGGUACUUCUUGUUUCCAGGGCGCACUCGCAGCUCAUGGCAUGUGGCUGCGCUGACACGUCAGAGAGUGAUGCCGCUUGCAUUUGCUUUACGCUUCGACGUCAGUGUGCAAGCCCGACAGGCUCGUGAGGCCUGGUGCGGGUCCUCUUUCAGUACGCUUUGUGAGACCAGCUUUCUUAACCCUUUCUUGCAGUCCCUCGCGGUGGUGAAAGAGUCGAGCCCGGCUAACAAGAAGUCCAAAGACAAGCAGACGUUUGAGGCCACCUCCGCAGGCGCUGCGCCCUCUCGACAGCAUGUGCAGGUGCAGCCCCUCAGUUGUGCUGAGCUGACGCGGGGGUACCUGGACCACGAUUACCAGCUCCGCCAGUUGCAGGCCUCCUCCACAGUCGUCUACCGUGUCGAGGAGUCGAAGGCAGGAGUGGCACACCCUUAUGGGGCGUGCAGCACUGCAGCUGUCUUGGCGGAGCUCUGCAAGGAUGAUGAAUGUCCGGAACCCAUUCGGGUGUUACUGGAUGCUAUGCUCUCGAGCGACAUGGCCAACGUGGCUCGCGAAGUUUCUUUGUGUACGGCACGCCUCAAAGCCAAGAAGACCUUCAUGAUCAUGGAAUUCAAAGCACACGUGGCCAGCCCGCUCACGGCCUACCUUCCGACUCUGCAGCUCUUCUUCGCGAAGCAGGGCGGUGAGAAGCUUGGCAUGCGUCUUGCUGGGGCUUUGGCACGCAAG